UGUAAAACGAGUUCUCAGAUUAGUUAUUGAGUAAACUUUGAAAAGAAAAGUUGACAGAGAUGUAAACACGAAAUAAAUAAUUACCAAAACCAGAAACACUUGAAAAUAAUCAGAAAUUAAGGAAAAUCGUAACAAAAAAGGUGAAAAAGAUAUCAACAAAAAGUAAAUAAAGAAAAAAAUCAACAAAAAGUUAAAGUAAAGAAUAUCUUUGUGAAUUAAACUAAUAAAAAGUGCAAUGCAGAGAUCGAAUAGAUUAUUUACAACAGUUGUCCUCGCAGGCUUCCGUAGAAAUGCAAAGAGAGCAACGACUCAGGCGCUUUUAGCUUCAAAUAACAACUAUCCUGUCUAUAAUGCUGUACAGAGCAAGUCAACAUAUGUAAACAACCACUCAUUUCAUUCGCAUGCAAAGAACAACAAAUUGCGCAUCAAAAAAGUCUUGAUUGUGACAAAACUCACGCGAUAUGAGUUUGAGAUGUUAAGACAUCCGAAUUUGGAUAAAAAUCAAUUGGAAGAGAAAGUUAAGAAUCGAGGAACUGAUUAUGAUUCACUCAUGUAUUACCAUAACUUGCAUAAAACAGUAGAACGUAAGGUUGUUGAUAGCUUUACUCAAAUGGGUGUAGAAGUGAAGGUUGUCAAUCGAAUCACAAUCAAUAAAGAAUUAUUACAAUGGACUGACCUUAUCGUGCCUGUAGGUGGCGACGGGACAUUUUUAUUAGCCGCAUCUCGAGCUACACCAUUCUUCGUAGAAAAUUCCGUCCCAAUUGUAGGCUUUAAUUCUGAUCCUCUACGAUCGGAAGGUCGAUUAAUGUUACCAAAACAAUAUACAUCAGAUGUCAAUGAUGCAGUUAAGAAGAUUAUUAAAGGAGAAUUUGACUGGAUGCAUAGAUCACGAGUUAGAAUUACACUGCUCAAAUUUAAUGGAGAUACGCCAAUUCCUUUUGACUUACACGAAUUUAAUCCAGCACCAGUAGAGCAUAAAGAACUGAUUGUAUCGGAACCAACACUACUGGAUCAAAUUAAUGGAGGUGCAUUUUAUCCUGGAAAGAAAACGAAAGCUACUAAGAGAAUGCUUCCAUAUUUAGCACUUAAUGAGGUUUUUAUUGGAGAAACGUUAUCAGCACGAGUGUCUCAUCUCCACAUUCGACCUAAUACAACACAAAAAAUCACAAAAACAAAGAGUUCAGGACUGUGUGUAUCGACAGGAACAGGUUCAACGAGUUGGCAUACCUCUAUCAAUCGCCUUUCUAAGAAAAAUGUCGAAGACUUGCUCAACAUUCUUAAAAAUGGCUCCAAACUCGACUUGAAUGGCCUUAAUGCAGAAGCAAUUUCAGAAAUUUAUAAUCAACAGCUGGUUUUUGAGCCGGAUGAUCCAAGAUUGUGUUAUUCAAUAAGAGAACAAAUUUGUGUUGGAGUGUGGCCUAAUCCAAAAGGUUUUGAAUCACGUGAUUUUGCGCAAAACUUGUACGUGAAAAGUCGAUGCUUUGAUGCAAGCUUAGUUAUAGAUGGUACAAUUUGCUAUCCAUUCAAUGACGGAACCAAAGCUUUCUUAGAAGUUUUACCUGAAGACGCUUUAUUAACGAUGAAGAUAGUAGAUUAAAAAUGAAAUAGUAAGCUAGCUAUGCUGUUUUACACGUGAUAUUGACCUUUCUCAUACCUUACAUAUGAUGCAUUUGUUUUUAUAAAAGAAUUACUGUAUACUAUAGGAUAUUAUUUUUGACUGAUAACAGUCAAAAGUUUAAGGAACUAUUGUUCAUAACAAGAUCAUAUUUAUAAAUUAUUUUUACUGUUAGACGACUAAGCACUAGACUUAGU